CACUCAUUAUAAACCUCGGCGCGAGCGCCUCGGUUUAUAAAAGCGCUCGGUAUAUAAGGACCAACUUCUCUACCUAGGUAUAUAAUAUAGGUACUAUUUUAUUAUUGGAAUUUUUUGUACAAAGGACAUGGCACUAAAUAUUAGAAUCCUGGUGAUCGGUCGAUUUUUUUAAAACUGCAGCAUGUUAUUCUAUACCUGAAAACAAGCAUUUUUGCUUAUGGUCACUUCUUUGUACGAGUAUGGGAUGUUCAAGAAAAUUAAGUCCAAAGUUUUUAUAUGGAAUAUUUUGUUUGAAGCAUAAACUAUGUUAUCUGAUCUGUUAUGCAUUUUUGCAACUUAUGCAUUAAAGACAAAGAUAUUUAUGUAGUUAAGAGCAAAAAUUAUUAUACAGGGUGUCUCAACAAUUUUAUUUUAAACCAAACUACACUCUAAAAAAAGCCAAUAACCAAAAUAACGCUUAAAAAAAUUGAGUUUUAAGUAUUUAUAUCAAAUGUUUGAUGUAUCGGUUUAGUGAUUUUGAAUAUGUAUUGGUCUGUUGUAUUAACAACACAGUUGGGGCCAGUUUCACAAACAGUGAUAACCCAACGGUAAACACAAGACACUGGUAACCUACACCUACAAUAUAUCUGUUUCAUAAUGUGUGGUUUAGCCAAAAUCUUUGGUCAAGCUUCAGAAUAUUCCAUGUAGUCAUCCCGCAAAUAUGAGUCCGAUAUCCGAUAACCAGUGCAGGUUACCACAAGGUUACCACCAAUUGUGAAAUUGGGCCUAUAUGGCAUAUUUUUGUAUUUGUUGAUCUAUUUCUACAGUAUUAAAUCCAAAUCGUUUCCGAGGAAUAGCAGCUACUUCAAAUAAUCUCUGGCGAGCAUUGUUACAAUGUUUAUAGUUAUUAUUGAUAUUUUAGGUAAUUAUAGUUUUGUAGCAGUUGAUUUGGUUAUUGGCUUUCUUUAGAGAGUAGUUUGGUCAAAAAUAUAAUUUUUGUCCUUAACUACAUAAAUAGCUUUGUCUUAAAUGUAUAAGUUGCAAGAUCACAUAACAGAUCAGUUAAACAUAAGUUUAUGCUUCAAAGGAAAUAUUUCAUAUAAAAACUUUGAACUCAAUUUUCUGGGACAUCCCAUACUCGUACAAAGAAGUGACCAUAAGCAAAAAUGCUUGUUUUCAGGAAUAGAAUAACAUACUGCAGUUUUAAAAAAAUCGACCGAUCACCAGGAUUCUAAUAUUUAGUGCCAUGUCCUUUGGCUAUCGAUUUGUCCCUCGGGUCUUAAAUCUGUCUGUGAUACAUGUUUAAAUAAAGUACAUUUAUUUUUAAAGAAAUUACUAAAUUGGGUGGUUAAUUUUAAAAUAAAAUCCUAAAAUAAACAAGUUUGUUAUAAUUUAAAAGAUAAAAACACAAUUACAAAAAUGUUUGCUUUUGAAUAUUGCCUACCUAUAUAUAAGUGAAAAGUUUAAUUAAAAAGCUCAUAAUUUUGCAUGCAUGUUUCAAAACAUAGAAAACUCAUUGAAAAUAUCGAUUGCGAGGUAGAAGUGUUGGCUCGAUUUCAUCCUAAAAUUUAUUUAUAUCCAAGUUAUGGACGGAGAUAACACGGAUGAUAACAAUGAUAACACAAAUCACGAAAUAAAACUCCUAAGAGCACCACUGAAAGUCUACUGGAACGUCCCUUCGUUCCAGUGCAACCCGUUUUUGCUCAAUUUCGCAGACCUUCUAGAUAAAUACAAUAUAAUACAUAAUGACAAUGCCGAUUUUAGAGGCGAAAAUAUAAAUAUUUUGUACGAUCCUGGAAAAUUUCCUGCCAUUUUGAAAAAAGGAGAUGAAGAAGUUCUAAGAAACGGAGGUGUUCCUCAGGAAGGAAACUUAACAGAACAUCUAGAAAUUUUCACCGACAUUGUAAAUCAAUUAAUACCAGAUGAAAAUAAUGCAGGUUUAGCAAUAAUAGACUUCGAAAGCUGGAGACCAAUAUACAGACAACACUGGGGCAAACUUUUGCCAUAUCAAACAUUAUCCGAACAUAUAGAGAGACAAAAAUAUUCCGCUUGGCCGGAAGAGUGGAUCAAAAAAGAAGCUGCAAGAAGGUUUGAUGAAGGUGCCAAAUUAUUUAUGGAAGAAACACUCAAGUUGGCUAAAGAAUUAAGACCAAAAUCCUUGUGGGGUUACUACCACUUUCCUUAUUGCUUUGGCGAUGGUUACCAAAAGGAAUGUAGCAAGUUAGUUAUGGACGAGAACGAUCGAAUAAAUUGGUUAUUUGAUUUGUCAGAUAGCCUCUAUCCUUCAGUAUAUUUGCAAGAAUCUUACACAGCAGAGCAACGAGUACGGUACAUUGAAACCUCCUUGGAUGAAGCCAUUAGAAUAAGAAAUAAUUCAGACUCUAACAAAAAGAUUUAUGUCUAUUACUGGUACAAAUAUCAAGAUACAGGAAAUUAUUUGUCAAAGCAAGAUCUGUUUAUGACCUUAACUUCUAUAGCUAGUUACAACAUUGACGGACUAAUUCUGUGGGGAGCUAGUGCUGAUGUUAGCUCAAAAUCUAAUUGUGUUCAAGUAUAUGAGUAUAUUGAUACAGUAUUUGGUCCAACUGUGAUACAUGUUUGAAUAAAGUACAUUUAUUUUUAAAGAAAUUACAAAACUGAGUCUUUUUUAUUCAAUAAAUCCCAAAACACAUAAAGAUUUUUAUAAUUUAAAACAUGAAAACAAUUACAGAAAUGUUUGCUUUUGAACAUACCUAAUACAUUAAUUUCCAGAGCAAACAUUAUAAAAAUAUAAAAUGCAUUCAAUUAUUACUGAUCAUAAUCAUAUCAGUUGUAAGGUGAAAGUUUUGGUUCGAUCCUAUUUUGAAAUUUACUCUUAUCCAAAUUAUGGAGGAAGGUACCUAAUAUGGCUGAUAAAUGAAUAUUGAUAAUUUUCAAAUCAUCAUAAUGUUUUACCCUACAUAAAUCCAGAAAACCGCUGAAAGUAUCCUGGAACGUACAAUCUUGAGAGGAUUGAAUUGUAAAUAAACCAUAAAUACAAAGUUGUAACUUUAGUAAAUAUACUUAAUUAUUGUUGUAAUCACAAAUCAGGUUGCAUUAAAGUUUUAAUUUUUUUCACACUCCUAUCACUCGGUCUUGCGGUCAAAUGCUUGCCAAAGAAUGUAAAUUUCAUAUUGUCAAGUACAAAUUGAAACACUGAAGUAUCUUUAAG